CUCUGCUACUAAAUCAACGUACCCGUUCUGAUGCGGUCUUAUGUGACUGGGCCUUUACUCUUUCUAGUGUUACUCAACAAACGAAAGAGUAUAAUUGCAGAUCUCUGGUGCACAAUUUCAGUACGUCAUAGACCCACUGCUUCGUUUUGUCACACUGUAAACGCAGUCGUUUGGUUGUGGUCGUGUCCAUCCCAGGUAAUGUUUAAUAGAUCGGAAAUGUAAUGCAAGUUUCGAAGAAUUUCACAACAAAAAUUAUUAUAAGCUAAUUCCACAAAAGAGUAACACAAAAGAUACGAAUAAUAUUAGUUUUGCCGUCGCUUUCUAAAGUCGGUAAUUUUGUAUGUUUAGUGCAGAGUGAAAAGAUCUGAAAACAAAAAGUACACUGAAACAAAAAUUAUUACAAAUUUCAAAUACUCCUAUACAAACAUGCUUCAAGGCAAAGAAACAGAAGAAACAACGACGAAAGCGCCACCGGCAUAUAUCAAUGCGAAUUAUAUACGACAAGCACUGGAAUGUAACGUCAGUGGUAGCAUGUAUGACGAUAAGCGUGUUAAUGUAUUGGAAUGUGUUUUCCAAUGCAUCAACGAGGAAGGUGCAAACAAUCGUAGUGAUAUCUAUAGAGCUCAUGUGAAAUUCGAAGAAUAUCGGCUCGGUCGUCCUGUGGCAGAUAAUACAACGCUCAUAGUGAAAGAUGUGAUAAUGGAUGCGGCCACAAAGGCGAACACAAAUGAAUUGGUAAUGUUUCAACACGUAUUGCCGAGUAUGAAGCGUAUACUGUCAGUUAUCUCGGAUUACCGGUAUGGAACUGAUAAGUAUGUUCCUAAAAAAAGGGGUCUCAAACUAUUUGCAGAUUGCUUAUUUUGCGAACGUGGUAAAUGUGAAAUCUUCGUAAUGGAAGAUUUACACGCACUUGACUAUCGUCCCCUUGAACCGCGCUAUGGAUUAGAUUUCGAAGAAUCGAAUAUCGUUAUGAGUAAACUUGCAGAUCUCCAUGCAGCGUCCAUGCAGUAUAUGAAGGAGUUUCCAAAUAUGGUAGCAACACUGCUACCAUCACCGCUCUCCAGUGGCAUUAGUCCGACUCGCCGACAGGCUGUUACAGCGUUCGAAGGCAUGCGCAAUGCUAUUAAGAUGGUUGAACAAUGGACGGGCUUUGACGGUAUCGCAGCAUCCAUGCGCAUAUGGACGGAAAACUUCAAUGAACGUCUAACACAGGUGCUGAGAAGACGACGUUGUCGUUUCAAUGUUAUUAACCAUGGUGAACUCUGCACGAAGAAUAUUCUCACACGGUUAGGAGUUAAAGAUAGCUCUGAUCCAAACAUUGUUAUCGUGCCUAAGGAUGCUGUAUUUCUGGAUUUUCAAUUGUCCUUUGUUGGCAGUUGUGGUUACGAUUUAAAUGUCUUCCUCUACACUAGCGUCAGCGUGGAAGUCUUGAAAUUACAUCGUCAUGAGCUGCUACGUCACUAUCACGAUCGCUUAAAGGAAACCCUUAAGCGUUUAAAAUUCCAAGAGCCUGAAUUACCCACUUGGCAGACAUUGAUAGAUGAAGUAUACGAUCUCGAAUUCAUUGGUUAUUACGCUUUGCUGUGUUUGUUGCCAUUAAGUUGUAUGGACGGCGUAGCUUCCACUGAGGAGCAUGAGAGGCAACACAAAUUGAUGUAUGAAAAUGAGAGAGUACAGGAAAUGCUUCGUUAUGGCUUGACGCGCUUAGCUCAGUUGGGUGUGUUAGACUGUAUAACUAGUGAAACGGAUAUUCCACCGAGUUGAUGAUGUAUGUAUGUAUGUACAUAUGCAGUUUAAAUAAAAUCACAACGAAUGGUGAU